AUGACCGCCGAGAGCUUGACGGCAGCCGCAAACGCAUACCGACAGCCUGCACCCCCGCCGCAACUACCACUCCUCCAACUGCCGGGCCGGCACCAGGACCCCUUGUUCGACGAUGGAUCCGGUGCAGGACCAUCAUGCCCGCACAGAAGGCAAUGGCCAGGACGCGGAGACCAUGCUCCUACGGCUGACACGACACUGCGUACCGCCCGUCUCUCGGAUGCCGAGCUCGACGGCAUGGUUGGCGACAUGGCCGUGCUCGUUCGCCGCGAGUAUGACUGCUGGGUCGAGGCAUGCUGGACUGAGGCCUUUCACCACGUCUUCACUCGCACCAUCCCGACAUUUCUCAUAACUCUUAUCGUAGCCGGUGCCAGCCCGUCCUUUAUGCGUCGACAGAUCGUACACGGUGGGCCGGCAUUAGACGAAAUAUUCAUGGCCGACAUGCUCGAUAACCUGUAUUCCGAGCUCGAGCGACGUCUGUCGGGCAAGCUCAUGCCGGAUGUCCGCGGCGAGAGCUCGUCGAUGGCGACAGCCGCCGCUGCCAUUGGCGCCGGUGGACUCGGUGCACAGCCGACAACAACGCCCGGUCUUCCCCGCGACGGCGUGUGUACACACGACCUCGGGCCUGCACACGGUGCGCCGGCUGACGACGACGACCACGCGGCCUGCCUGUGCCAGCUGGCCGCGUGCCCUGCCUGUCUCCACGACGCGGCUCACUCGCGCAAGGCGCCCGUGGGACUGCUUCCCUUUGAGCUGAGCGGCACGCCCGUGGCUGCUGGGUGGGCCGGUGUGGUCGAGACGGAGGAGCAGGCGCGGGACCGCGAGUUUGGUUCAUCGUCUACACGCCCAGCACGUCGGGACCCGCCAGAGACAGCUCUUCCAGUGGGCAAGGGGUUUGUUCACCACCCAAAGAAGGUGCCGACGCCUUCGCGCCCUCCCAUCUUCCCCCAUCCACAAAUGACAGACGUGCUGGCCGUGGAGGAACACUUGCGCUGGCGACUCAAAGAGCUCGGUGCCGUGGAUCCAUCGGUCGAGAGUCGGUAUGGGCCGAGCACGAACGCGCCCGCUGCGCUCGAGGGACUGGAACGCGCACUCCGUCUGGACGAGGACGACGGGAGCGAAGCGAAUGCACCGAACGGACACGGCGGCGGUGGCGGCAAGAAUGGCCGCAAGUUGGCUGUUGGUCGUAGCAAGGCCCGCUUCAACAAGGCUGUCAAGGCGCCGCCCAAACCCAAGGCAGAGAAGAAGAAGGUCUACCUCCCUGUGGAAUGGGCCGAGGCCGACCCAGCCGUGCGCAACAUGGCCAUCGUGCUCACCUUCCGCCACUUUGUCAAACUUCUCCACCAAGCCGCUGUCACCUCGUCACCCUUUUCGUACGCCGGCUACUCCAAGGACGUUGCCGCGCUCGCCUCUGUCCACCCUGUCGCCCUGUAUCGCCGCCUGACCGAGGCAACAGCAACACGCAAGGGCCGGCCGGCACGCGAGACUCGCGCCUGGAUCGAGUGUAUGGACAAGUGGACCGAGGAGCUGGGCGCGCGCGAAAAGGCCGCCGGAAACGUCCUCGUCAACUCGGGCCAGCACUUUGACGCUGUCAAGUGCUACACGCGCGCCAUCUCGCUCGACGGCAAGAAGACAGUGUACUACUCCAACCGGGCCGUCGCGCUCAACACCUUGGGCAAACACGUGGCCGCCGAGGCCGACUGCGUGCACAUUCUCAACAAGGACGCCAAGAACAGUAAAGCGUUUUACCAGCGUGCUGUCGCGCGCAGGGGACUCGAGAGGUGGCGCGAGGCCGAGACGGACUUGAAGCAUGUCCUCCGCCUCCAGCCGGGCAACGAGGCCGCCAAGACCCUCCUGGCCAAAGUCAAGGUCGAGGUGGCAAAGCUGCCCAAGCAGCGGUUGGAGGAUGUGCUCAACUUUUAG